AUGUUUCGUCAAUCGUUUCGAGGGAUUGCAAGCCGCGGUCACGGAUAUAUCUGUCCUUCUUGCCGAUAUGCGCCUUUAAAUCGAUCCGCGAAUCUUUCGCGCUUUCAGAGUACUGUAGCCUCGGCGGUUGGGGAAAGCAAGGACGCCGAAGAUACGACAAAAGUGCACAAAACAAAAAGGAGGAGUAAGCAUGAUGGAGAUUCAAAGCACAAGGAGGGCAAUGAGGGUCUAUCAGAAACUGCAGAUGAACACGCUUCCAGUUCGCCAUCCUCCUACAAGAAGCGCACGCCUGAAGGAGCGGAUCUAGGAGGCAAUGGCAGAGAAGAAUUGCUCUCAACUCUGAAAGGUCUUCUAAAGACGCAAACGAAAGAAGGUGAAGAUGUAACUCUGAACGGGGACGUGGUCGAGGUCGGCCACACUCCGCCUAGAAAGCAGGGAUUCAAACGCACCAGAUCAAUUAAGGGGGCUGCAGGACGACGAAAGAAUGGCGAACAAAAGCUUAGCAUCCGCCGCCGACCCACUCGGUCUACACAGGUGUCAAAGGAAUCACCGCGAAAGGGCACAUCGAGUAAAGCUGAAGAGCAACCAGCUUCUGAACAGAAAUCGCGAGCUACCAUUGCAAGUUCGGUCGCUACUGGGGCUACGAGUGCUAAAGCUGCAAAAGACAAGCUCAUAUCGGAAAUGGAAGGGCAUGAUUCUCUUGAAAACGCGCUUGUAGGAAAAUUAAAGAGAAGCAGCAAGAAGGGCGCUGUUCCGAAGCGGAUCCAGUCGAUCGAAGCAUCCAAUCUUCACAUUGAGCCUGUUGAGGUUGAACAACCUCCUGUUCCAGGCGUGGCUCAUGGUCUGGAAAGGGUCCUAUUCAACCCUGGAGUUUACCAACUUCAAGAUCCGAGAUCUCGAGUCUUCAACUUCGACCCAUAUCUCAAAACGAUAAUGCCUGUAGCGGAAUUCGACUUCAACGCGUUAACGGAAUAUGUCACUUCUUCCAAGGAUGAAGCGCUUAAGGAAAUUGCCCAGGAGAGUCAAAAGAAAUAUAUUGGGUCGUCAUCGAGCAUGACUGGUGCACUGGCGCAUUUUCAUUUCUUACUUUCAAAUUGGAGGCCCAUCAACGCGAAUAUCUUGUCGCAGGGGUUCUCGGAUAAGCUUAGGUCAUUCACGAUGCUCCAACGAAGCCCAUCUGCAAUCUUCUUACGACACAAGGACGGGAUUUACGCAAUCGAUGCGGACAAGGAGUUCGACAGUGCUAAUAUCUUAAGCAUGCUUGGUAAAUCCAUGGAGAAAUUACUCACGCUCCCCAAAGAAGAGUACGAGCGGUAUAGAAUAACAAAUUCCGCCGAAAUUUCAGAAGAAGAGCGUAAUGCUCCAGAAGCUUUUCACUACAGCACCAUGGGCGACUUCCUCAUGCGCUCGCAACUUGAUGCGCAUGACCCACGCUUGCCCGGGACAGGUAUGUUUGACCUAAAAACAAGGGCGGUUGUAUCUAUCCGUAUGGAUUCAAAGAACUAUGAAAGCGGAACUGGAUAUCAAAUCCGGGGUCGCCACGGCGAAUGGGAGUCGUACGAACGAGAAUACUUCGAUAUGAUUCGGUCCGCGUUCUUGAAGUACUCGUUGCAAGUACGUAUGGGUCGAAUGGAUGGCAUUUUUGUCGCAUUCCACAAUACGCAGCGAAUUUUUGGCUUUCAAUAUGUGCCUCUAUCUGAGAUGGACGCGGCGUUGCAUGGCCAAUGGGACACUUGUCUUGGCGACCAAGAAUUCAAAAUUAGUAUCAAUCUGCUCAACCAAGUGCUGGACCGAGCCACGCAGAAGUUUCCUGGAAAGUCUUUGCGAAUGCAUUUUGAAAUGCGCGAUGCCCAAACUCCGUUCAUGUAUAUUUUUGCAGAGCCAGUUGCGGAGGAGCAGAUUGAGCAGAUCCAGUCUACCAAUAAGAAGGAGAUUGAAGAGUUUGAAAGAAGCGUUCUCGGUUUGAAGAAGGAAGGUGUCUCCGGUGCCGGUCAAGGCGAACAAUACAAAGCAAACAAGGGUGGCUGGGAAGAUAUCCAAGCCAAAGUCGAAGCGGAAGUCGAAAAUGAUGAGUUAUCUUCGGAUAUACCUCAAUCUCUAGAAGGAAAUGACUCAGAAAUGGAGCAAAGUGAAUGGCCUCGAGAUGAAAGCCCUCAAGCAACCUCUUCGACGGAGGACAAAGAACCAUCACCGGAGCAAACACCUGACAUAGGCGCCUCGAUAUCUGUCGCAGCUGCUCACGAAAAUCUUGCUAGCCAGGCUGAGCAGGAAUCCUCGGCUGCGCAGAAUAUUUCCACGCAGAAACCUGAUGAGGCGGGCCAACCGAAAGAAGGACAAGGAUCAGUGCAGGAGUUGGAUCGCAAGGCGGAUAUUCACUUUUUGGAUGAACUUUCGCGGGAACAGCAAGAAGUUGCCGAGGAAGAGCGGGAGCUUCUCGCCAUGACAUUGACCAUUCGCAACAAAGUCAACGGCCAAUAUGUCUUGCGGCCAGAGAACCUUGGGCCAGAGGACCGGUGGUCAGUGGAGUACGAUCUGGCUGAGAUUCCAACGGCUUCACGGUCGUGGAGCCUUUACGGGGCAUGUCAAACGCGGCGACGAAGCAAACUGGAAAUGCAAUCGGACGAUAGUAAUGAGGCAGCCAACUUUUUCAUGCGACGCAUCAAAGAGCUUAGUGAGAAAGGGCGGAUUUGGAGGAAGCAGCAAGAUCUUCUUGAUGAAGAGAUUAGGCAUGUUCUCCAGUAA